AUGGGUCACCAGCCAAUCACUCGGGGGGCAACAGAAGAGUGUCUCAUUCAUGUUAUAAACGUUGGAGUGGGAGCGUGUCCUGCGGUGGUUGGGAGGAGGAGAGGCCGAGAGGCAGCGCUCGCUGCCGAGCGUCAUCCGACGCUCUACUACGACGACGGCAACGUCGUCCUCUCCGGCUCACCCAAGACGGCCAACGCCAACAUUUCCGGUCCACAAGUCCGUUCUCGCUCGACAUUCCCCCGUGCUCGCCGAUCUCUUUGCCCUCCCCCACUCCUCUCCAAUGGGUCCGCGACGGAGAUUGCAGAGAUGCAGGACAGCAUCGACGACCUCGUCAGCUUCCUCACCAUGUUCUACGAUCCACUGGACCGCAUACAAGCGCUUCAACCCAACACACCCGUGCUCGUCCAAGGUGCUCUCAAGCUCGCCGCCAAGUACGAGUGCGAGGCUCUCCGCCACCAGCUCAUCGCCUCCCUCGAGGCCGACUGGCCACAGACCCUCGCCCAGUGGGACGCCCGCCGCGCCGAGGCCGUCCUCCUCCGCUCUGAGCACGCGCUGCAGGUGCACGGCCGCGUCGCCGGCCUCUACCUCGACGACCGCCUGCCCGAGCCCGCGUCCGCGAUCCGCACCGGCCGCCUCCGCUUCGGCGCGCGCACCGCGCGCUGGCGCCUGCUCGACACCCGCGACCUGAUGCGCCUCGUCCGCGGCCAGAAGCUGCUCGCCGCGCACACGCGCGCGAUCGGGACGGACGUGUUCGGGACGCGGUGCCCGCGCGGCUCGCGCGGGUGCACCAAGGCGCGGGGGGACUGCUGGAGGUACUUCCAGGAGAACGCGCCGAACUCGCUCGAGGACCCGCUCGACAUCCUGCACGACUGCAUGCGGCUCGACAGCCUCUUCAGCGAGCUCCCGUGCGCCUCGUGCACGCGUGAGAUCGUCGUCAUGGCGGAGAAAAAGAGGAGGGAGCUCUGGCGGAGCCUGCCUGCGGUGUUCAACCUCCAGUGA